AGGGAGGGGAAGCGUUGUGCUCUGCACGGCCCCAUUAAAGGCUCUGCCCUUCUCUUAUCAUCUCCCCCAUGCAGCAGCAGCUCACAUAUCCCUUAUCACAUCCUCCUCUCCCGCAGCUGCACCACACGCUGCCUGCUGCUCCUUCAUAGGGAAGCGGGUGAGUUUAAUAACCGAGAAAUCGCGCUACUGAGCAAAUACAAACCACUUUUAAUGGACACACUGAAAUAAGCAAAUUCCGUAACAGCUGAGGUAACCAAGAACACAACAACCACACUCCCUCAACUCCACGCCCCACCAGGCUCCGCACAUGCGCCCAGUCGCCGCUGUGUCUGGAGGCGGAGCUCGCCAUUUCCCGUAGGGCCGCCGAGCGGUCCCGGCCCCGCCAUGGAGAAGCUGCGGCGGGUGCUGAGCGGACAGGACGACGAGGAGCAAGGGCUGACGGCACAGGUUCUCGAUGCCUCAACACUUAGCUUUGGUACACGAGUCAAGUGGUUUGCCAUAUGUUUCAUUGCUGGCGUUGCAUGUUCUAUUCUUGGAACAGCAUUGUUAUGGCUCCCAAGGGGAAUCAAACUUUUUGCAUUGUUUUACACCCUGGGAAACAUUGCUGCAUUGGCCAGUACGUGUUUCCUGAUGGGGCCACUGAAGCAACUGAAGGCGAUGUUUGAGCCCAAAAGAUUAGUUGCUACACUUGUAAUGCUGCUUUUUCUAGUUUUGACGCUGUGUGCUGUUUUAUGGUGGAACAAAAAAGGUUUGGCACUGUUAUUCUGCAUAUUGCAGUCCUUGGCAAUGACCUGGUAUAGCUUGUCAUACAUUCCUUAUGCAAGGGAUGCUGUGAUAAAAUGCUUCACGUCUUGUCUGGAAUAAAUUGCAAACAAGGACGCUGUGUACUUUAAAGCAACUCCUCUAUCAUCUUCCCUUGGAAAGCCUUACUUUUCCACUCCUGCAAUUCCCAGUAACACUUUAGUAUUUGCCUCCCCUUUUGCCUCCAGGGGGUUAAAUAACUUUUACUAGAAGCAGCUUUCAAAACACACGGGAUGAACUGUUUACCCCGGAACCUUUGGGCUUUUUAACCAAAAAAAACAAAGUACUUUUAAACACUUUGCAAAGAGCAGCCUUAAAACUGCCCUGCAUGCAGUCACACAGCUCGUUCCCCAGCGCAGGUGGGCUGCUGCAGUGCAGGAUAGGCUGCAUGCAUUGGGUUUGCAUUUACAGCUCUGUCUGAAACCUGCAGCGCUGCUUCUGUUUGUGUCACAUUUCUUGUGUGCUUUUCCAAAGACAGUUUUAUGAGCAUUGUAAGGAUGUGGUGAGGUAACUUCUGCCUGUGUUUUGUGGAGAGAGCUUAAGGAGAAUACGUGGAAGUUGUGUUAAAAGCGCAUUGAUUUUAUUAAAACUAUAUUCUCAACUUUUUUACUUUUAAACAUAAAAGCUGUUUACUAAGCGAACUUGUGAAUAAUGUCUAAAUAAAUGAGUUGUGAGAGAAAUCAGCUUGAAA